UUUUAUUUUAAAUUAAUCUUUUCUCAAAGUUUUAAAGUCCAUUACAAUGUCAUCUAAAGAUAUUCAGAUAGUACAAAUAUCCACUAAGCCAGAGAAGAGCCAGGAAGGAAUGGGAGUCUGCCCAGUGUGUGCGAGGAUUCCAGGGAAAUUAAAGUGUCCUGAAUGCUCAAUCCCUUAUUGCAAGCAUCAUUUAGCGAAGAUUAUUAUGACUUCACCAGGAGGAUUUUGUAAGAACUUCAAGUGCAAGAAACAGAUUACAAGAGAGUCUUACCUGAAAAUGGCGGCUAAGCUACAGAAUGAAGUAGAAGACGUAGACGAAAUAAAAGACCACAAUUACGACGAAUCUGAUGAAGGAAGUUUUAUGAAUAGUGAUAUGGUCCUCGAAGACAGUGGCAAGAAGAAGGAAAGUAUCAGUUCCAAGGAGUUUAAAUAAAUACUUAGAUCAUAAAAUGAAGAAAUAUAAAAGGUUUACUAAGAAAGAAUUAGGAUCUUCUAUCAUUGUGGAAGACCUUUGUGAAAGUGUUCUGGCUAAUGAAUCCUCAAUGUUCAGACCACUUCGUGAAGUUUAUAAUGAGGAGGAUGAAGCUGAGGGUGAAAGUGAAGAAGAGAAAAAGGAAACAGAACCCAAGCCCGAAUCAGAGUCAGAAGGACAAAAGAAAACUUCUCUAUUAAAGCCAGAGUCUGAAAAGAUAAAGAAAGAAAAGCAAUCUGAUAAAAAGAAGCUUGGUGAAAAAGCAAUAAAUCUUGGAAAGAAUGUUUUAAAGCAGGAAUUAGAACAGGAAAGAUUGAACCUAAAACCAGAGUCCAAAGAAAAAGGACUUGACCAAAUAAAGGAGAAAGAGAAGCUCGAGCAAGAGAAGAGAGAACAAGAAGUCUUAGGUAAUAUCGAAGAGGCCGAGUCUGAACAAAUAAAUGACUCUCAACUUGAACCAAGUGAAGAAAGCAUAAAAAACAUGAAAAUAUCAAAGGAAGAGGUUCAAGAGAAUGAGAAGUAUCAGAAAGAGAUAAUCCCCGCUAAAGGCCAAUUUGAUAAUAUCGGUGAUGAUCAAAAUCUCAAUAAUUCUCACAAAAACAGAGACUCUGAGGCUAGUAUAGAAGUAAGGAUGGAGCCUGAGAAGGAAGAAAAUCAGCCAUCUAAAGAUCAAAGCGUGAAAAACAAAGACAAAAAGCCAUAUCAGUACAAAGAAGAUGAGCAACAUAAAAAUGAUGUUAAGAAUGAGCAAGAUGGAGAAGGUGAUAAGCCUAACGGAUUUGGUAAUGGCCCAGAUCAUAAUGGAAAUCCGUCAAAUCUUGAUGAAGGAAUGCAGGAAAUGAGUGAACUAUGUGCUGCACACUGAUAUGGAAUAAUGGCAUAA